AUGCCCUCUCUUCUUGUGAUCAACCCCAACUCGUCCGUUUCUGUCUCUGAUAACCUCCGUCUUACCAUCACUCCUCCACCUGGCACGAACCUCGAUGGUACAGAGACUCUGAUCCAGUCUGAAGAAGCAGCGCUUCCUGAUAUACUCGAAAAACGCCUUUUGGACAGCUACGACGGUUUUCUCGUGGCAUGCUACUCAGAUCAUCCACUAGUGGCCCUGCUUGCCCAACACACCGAUAAACCAGUGUUGGGCAUCAUGCAAGCGACUCUCUUGUAUAGCUACGCUAACGCUAGAGUGCGUAGACUGUUCGUGUUGACCAGCACCAGCGGGUGGCUACCUCUUUUGGACGAGGCGAUUACCAAAUUUGCUGGAUCUGGCGAGUUUCCAUUCGAGAGAUUCCAAAAAAGCCGUGCAUUGGACGUUCUGGUCCUCGACCUUAGUGAUGCUUCGGAGUUUUCCAAAAUCACCGAAAGAGUGUCUGCGUUUUUGCGCGAGUACGCUUCAGACAAUAUAGACUGUGUGCUUUUGGGGUGUGCUGGAAUGGCAGGACUCGACAAGAAACUCCAUGCAGAAUUCCCCCACAUUGUUUUCAUUGACAGCCAACUUCUUACCAUGAGUGUGGAUAUUUCGGAUACAAAGCCCGAGGGGAGGGUCCCUAGAAAGCAACCCUCACUUUUGGGACGUCUUUUGGGCUCCCAGAGAUCCCCAACCCCUGAGCUGCGCCUGACCCUGGCAUCACCAGACCCACUUCCACCCUUAUCAGACCUCCAGCUUCUGGGGUAUGCCAGCGGAACAAAACAUAGGGUGCUUGACGAGGAAUUGGCGCUGAAUAUAAGGUCAUUGCUUCCUCCCCGGCUCCAGCUCUACAGUGAAUGGGAGCUCUUGUACUCCUUGGAGCAACACGGCAUCUCCUUGAACUCGCUAUAUCGAAACUGCCGUCCUGAAACACAGAAGCACAAUCUCAAUGUCAGGAAGGCGAGGGCCAAUGGCGACACAGGUGGCUUUGCUGAAGGCGUGGUCAAGAAUAUGGUCACUUUUGGCGAGAACCCGCAUGCUCGAGGCAGCAGACCACACGGCUAUAUCGUGGUGAUUCAGGAUGAGCACAAGAACAAGUUUGGCUGCUACCUCAACGAACAUCCUCGCCCACUGGAACAUAAACGAUACUACGGAAAUGGCGAAUGCUUCUUGUGGAAGACAGAGUGGUACAAUGCACCUCAGGAGCCGAAAAGGCGAAGAGACCGUCGUUUCAAGGCAUUUCCUUACACAGGACUCAAUGACAACUUGAUCUACUCAAACGUCGACUUUAUAGCUGUUGGCUCCUCGCGUGGCAACAACGGCCUAUAUAUCGACAAAUCUCUUUACCUGGGUGUCUCAUACCCUUGCGAGACUUUCGGUAACGAGAUCUUAUGUGACCACGAAAUUGGUGCAGAAUACGGCUCCUUCAAGAUCAUGAACCUCGAAGUGUGGAGAGUGGGUGAACUCGAGUGA